UUUCGAAAAAACCCAAACCAUUUUCAAUUGAGGUGGAAUUUUUCUUCCUUAUCCCGGAAUAUGGCGGAUGUACUCAGAAAUGGAGAUGCUGAGGAUGUUGCUGUAAAGCUUGGAGCUUUUGAACAACAAGCUCUCAUUCAUGACUUCUCAACUUCUGCUUCUGCUCGAUUCAACGCCACUCUCAAUAGCCUGAGUAAGUGGCUGGUGGCUGCAGUUUUUGGUAUAAUCUUCCUUUGGAGGCAUGACACAGAAGCACUUUGGGCAGGUUCUGGUUCUAUUCUGAAUGCUGGACUCUCAACUGUAUUGAAGAGAAUACUAAACCAGGAGCGACCUGUUUCUGCGAUAAGAUCAGACCCGGGAAUGCCAUCUACUCAUGCACAGUCAAUUUUCUAUACAGUGAUGUUCUGUAUUGUCUCAAUGGUAGAAUAUUUCGGGUUAAAUGGAAUCACUGCAGUCAUUAGUGCACUUAUCUUUGCAAUUGGCUCCUACUUGUCAUGGCUACGGGUUUCACAACAACUCCACACGACCAGUCAAGUAGCCGUAGGUGCUGCACUGGGAUUCUCUUUCUCCGUUUUCUGGUUUUGGUUGUGGGAUGCAAUAGUCCUUGAUGCAUUUAUAUCCCACUUGUGGAUUCGGAUUCUUGUUGUUCUUGGCACGGUAGCCAUUUGCGUUAGCUUUCUCCUUUAUAUGUUCCGAUACUGGGUUCUUGAGAGAAACUGAUUCUUUAUAUAGUGAGAAAGUACACACUCAUGAUUCUGGAAG